CCCUAACCCAACAGUGGCUCCAUUUCCUCCUAUUUAAAAUUCACGAGGCUCUUAUUUUUGCCAUCCUCUGCCAUUUCUCGCUCUUCGCGCACUAAAGUCGGCGAGAUAAACAAUCCCCUGAAUCUUCCAGUCGCUCUCGUCUGCUUGUUCCAGUUCUGUUGCUGAUAAUCCGUCAUGGGUAAAGAGAAGUUCCAUAUCAACAUUGUGGUCAUUGGCCAUGUCGACUCUGGCAAGUCAACCACCACUGGCCACUUGAUCUACAAGCUUGGUGGUAUUGACAAGCGUGUGAUCGAGAGGUUCGAGAAGGAGGCUGCUGAGAUGAACAAGAGGUCAUUCAAGUAUGCCUGGGUGUUGGACAAGCUCAAGGCUGAGCGUGAGCGUGGAAUUACCAUUGAUAUUGCCUUGUGGAAAUUUGAGACCACCAAGUACUACUGCACUGUCAUUGAUGCUCCUGGACAUCGUGACUUUAUCAAGAACAUGAUUACGGGAACCUCCCAGGCUGACUGUGCCAUCCUCAUCAUUGACUCCACCACUGGAGGUUUUGAAGCUGGUAUUUCCAAGGAUGGUCAGACCCGUGAGCAUGCUUUGCUUGCUUUCACUCUUGGUGUCAAGCAAAUGAUUUGCUGCUGCAACAAGAUGGAUGCCACCACUCCCAAGUACUCAAAGGCAAGGUACGAAGAAAUUGUGAAGGAAGUGUCGUCCUAUCUCAAGAAGGUUGGCUACAACCCAGAUAAGAUUCCCUUUGUCCCCAUUUCUGGGUUUGAGGGUGACAACAUGAUUGAGAGGUCCACCAACCUUGACUGGUACAAGGGUCCCACCCUUCUUGAGGCUCUUGACCAGAUCAACGAGCCCAAGAGGCCCUCAGACAAGCCCCUCCGGCUUCCACUUCAGGAUGUGUACAAGAUUGGUGGUAUUGGUACCGUCCCUGUUGGACGAGUUGAGACUGGUGUCAUUAAGCCUGGUAUGGUGGUGACUUUUGGCCCAACUGGGCUAACUACUGAGGUCAAGUCUGUUGAGAUGCACCACGAAGCUAUGCUGGAGGCCCUUCCAGGUGAUAAUGUUGGAUUCAACGUGAAGAAUGUUGCUGUCAAGGAUCUCAAGCGUGGUUAUGUUGCUUCCAACUCCAAGGAUGAUCCUGCAAAGGAGGCUGCUAACUUUACCUCUCAGGUCAUCAUCAUGAACCACCCCGGGCAGAUUGGACAGGGAUAUGCACCAGUUCUCGACUGUCAUACCUCCCACAUUGCUGUCAAGUUUGCUGAGCUUGUGACAAAGAUUGACAGGCGAUCUGGCAAGGAGCUCGAGAAGGAGCCUAAGUUCUUGAAGAAUGGUGAUGCCGGAUUUGUGAAGAUGAUUCCAACUAAGCCCAUGGUUGUCGAGACCUUCUCUGAGUACCCACCACUCGGACGUUUUGCUGUGAGGGACAUGCGCCAGACUGUUGCAGUUGGUGUCAUCAAGAGCGUUGAGAAGAAGGAUCCAACUGGAGCUAAGAUCACCAAGGCCGCCGCUAAGAAGAAGUGAACCGCUGUGGUUCAUCAGAUUUCCGCAGGCGAAAUCUCCUAUCCUAAUAAUAAUAAUAGUCGUAAAAACUUAUCUUCUAGUAUUUCUAUGGAUUGCUGGUUGCGUAAUUUGUUGUCGUUGUCGUCGUUGGGCAUUCAUUCUCAGAAUUGGGUGCUCGACCGGCGGUGGCGUUGCUAGUGUGUUCUUGUGCUGUCUCCUCCGUUGAGAGUCUAGGUGCUCUGGGUUUUUCCCAGUGCGGCUAAAAGCUUUUGUGACUGGUUCUUGCUACUCUCGGUAUAAAAACUUAGCGUCUAAUAAAUAUGUUCUUGUGGUAUUUCAUAUUUC